AUGAUAUCAGCUCCACUCUUUAUUCAAAAGACUCUAUUCUUACUUGCAUUUGUUGUGAUAGCUAACAGUUUAUCAAUCCCUGCCCUUAGGGAGAAAAGAGGCUCCUCUUCAUUCAUUAAGCUUGAUUUUCAGAUUACGAGGUCCCAGUCAAAAUCCACGUUAGACUUAACAAGUACCAACGAAGUUUCCUUUAAAAUCGUUAAGGAUGCUAAGAGAGACGGGUCAGAUCCAGUUCAAAUUCAAAAUGCAAAGUCAUUUUACUACGCAGAACUUUUGCUUGGGUCGAAUAAGCAGAAGAAUGGUGUUGUGGUUGAUACAGGUUCUUCUGAUCUAUGGGUCGUUGCUUCUGGCGCUCAAUGCAAUGCUAACACAAGCUGUGAUGCUUAUGGCUCCUACAAUGCGUCGCUGUCUUCAACAUCUAAGAAAUUAAACGAAACCUUUUCUAUUGAAUAUGUGGACCAAACGACUUCACUGGGACCAUUUUAUAAGGAUAACAUUGGGUUCUCAGGUGGGGGUACAGGUGUUACUGGUCUUCAGUUCGGAGAUUGUAAUACGACGUCCUCUGAUAUUGGCGUAUUAGGAAUUGGGUUCAAAAGUGGGGAGUCAACUAAGAAUGAAUACGACAAUCUUCCUGCUUUAUUAGCUUCGCAAGGUGUUAUUCCCAAGAAUGCUUAUUCGUUAUAUUUGGCUAAGUCGACAGACGCUACAGGCACGAUAAUAUUUGGAGGAAUUGAUGAAGCCAAAUAUUCUGGCGAUUUGGUUUCUUUACCUAUCCAGAGCAAUGAUUCAGUGGCUGUCGACCUUAAUGGUUUCACCACAUCAAAUGGCAAAGUCGAUUUCACAGGUGACAGCAUCAUUUUGGAUUCGGGGACAACUUUGGCAUUAUUACCGUCAGCAACAUUAUCUAGCCUUGCAUCUAGUUUAGGAGCUUCUUACCUGGCAGCAGAUGAGCUUUACGAAAUUGACUGUAAUACAGGUAAUAAAACAUUCACUGUCAACUUCCCAGGAGUUGAUAUUAAGGUUCCUCUUUCUGAUGUGGUUGUUAGUUUAUAUAAUUCAGACGGAAGCAAGGCUGACAUUUGUGCUCUAGGAAUUGAAUCAGAUGAACAGUACCAUCUUUUUGGUGAUAUAUUUUUGAGAAAUAUGUACCUUGUCUAUGAUCUUGAUGACAAGGAGAUUCUGAUAGCCCAAGUCAAAUACACCACGGAUGAGAAUAUUCAAGAAAUUAGUUAA